CACUGUGGGAAUAGUGAAUUAAUGAAUUGCUAAUUAAAACGUGUGUGAAUAAGAAGGUAAAUGAAAAACAGCUUUGAAAAAAGAUUCAGGAGCAGUGAAUUGAAGAGACAGAAAAAAGCAAUUAGGGAUGCGAUGGCAAUUAGACCUCCGCAGGUAGGGAUAUCUCCUUCCCUACUCCAAUUAGGGUAAUAGGAAGCAGCAUCCAUCAGAAUCAGAAAUAAAUGGAGAAGCUCAGGAAGAACCUGAACCAACUUGAUCUGGAGAAAGAGGGGGCGGAUGAAGGUGGAAGGCAAAACAAGGACCCAAACAAACUGCCCCAGGAUAUUGCGCUGCGCCUGGGCGCACGGCGGCCGGAUGGAGCGCUUGGUCCGUGUUCCCUACAGCUUGUACCCGGGCUAUGGGAACACGCUGCCUUUGGGCCAGCCUGGACUCUCUGAACACAAACAGCCCGACUGGAGGCACAACAACGGCCCCCCCGCUUUCCUGGCCAGGCCGGGGCUGCUGGUGCCCUCCAACGCCUCCGACUACUGCGCGGACCCUUACAAGAGGGCCCAGCUUAAGGCCAUUCUCUCCCAGAUGAACCCCAGCCUGAGCCUGCGUCUGUGCAAGGCCGACACCAAGGAGGUGGGCGUGCAGGUGAGCCCCCGGGUGGACAAGUCCGUGCAGUGCUCACUGGGGCCUCGCACCUUGCACAGCCGCUCCCCCUGGGGCAGCACGGGGCACAAGGCGCCCCUGUCAUCCUGGGGAGUCUAUUCGCCAGUGAUGGGCCGCAGGGGCCUGGUGCGGCUGCAGAUGAAUGGGGAAGACGAGGAGAGGAAGGCGCUUUCGGGUCCUCCCGAGGCCAGCCAGCCGCCGCCGCAGCUGCCGCCACCAACACCAAGGUCGGAAGAGGACCAGCAGGAGGAACUCCGGCAACAGGAAGAGUUGGGGGAGGAAGAUGCCUCAAGUCCUCGCGAAAGGAAGAGCAAGCAAGCUCAGGGAGACGCCAGCGAGCCGCUCCGGAAGCCCAACUUCCAGUUUUUAGAACCAAAAUAUGGCUAUUUUCACUGUAAAGAUUGUAAGACGAGAUGGGAGAGUGCUUAUGUGUGGUGCAUUUCUGGAACUAAUAAGGUUUAUUUCAAACAACUCUGUUGCAAAUGCCAAAAGAGUUUUAACCCUUAUCGAGUAGAAGCAAUCCAAUGCCAGCUUGCUCACUGUACAAGCUAUAGAACUGAAGCCCUCAAGGACUGUCUUCACACAGAUGCCGAUUAAAUACAACUCUGUACUCCAGCCCCAGGUUCAAAAUUCAAGGAGCCGUGUGGAGGACAGGCUCUCGGUGCUCCAGCCAGGCAUCAGGACUGUGCCACUGAGGUGCGAGAGCCAAGUUCCGGACACUGGUCCACAAGAGACCUCCCAGCUCCAUGUAAUAUCAAACGGCAAAAGUCUCCCAGAGAUCUCCCAUCUCAACACCAAGACCCAGCUCCACUCAACGACCAGCAAGCUACAGUGCUGGACACCCUAUGCCAAACAACUAGCAAGACAGCAACACAACACCAUCCACUAGCACAGAGGCUGCCUAAAAUCAUAAUAAGGCUACAGACACCCCAAAACACACCACCAGACAUGGACCUGCCCACCAGAAAGACAAGAUCCAGGCUCAUCCACCAGAACACAGGCACCAGUCCCCUCCACCAGGAAGCCUACACAACCCACUGAACCAACCUUAGCUACUGGGGACAGACACCAAAAACAAUGGGAAAUAAGAACCUGCAGCCUGUGAAAAGGAGACCCCAAAUACAGUAAGUUAAGCAAAAUGCGAAGACAGAGAAACAGCAGAUGAAGGAACAAGACAGAAGCCCACCAGACCUAACAAAUGAAGAGGAAAUAGGCAGUCUACCUGAAAAAAUUCAGAAAAAUGAUAGUAAAGAUGAUCCAAAGUCUUGGAAAUACAAUGGAGAAAAUACAAGAAACGUUUAACAAGGACCUAGAAGAACUAAAGAGCAAACAAACGAUGAUAAACAGCACAAUAAAUGAAAUUAAAAAUUCUCUAGAAGGGAUCAAUAGCAGAAUAACUGAGGCAGAAGAACGGAUAAGGGACCGGGAAGAUAAAAUAGUGGAAUUAACUACCGCAGAGCAGAAUAAAGAAAAAAGAAUGAAAAGAAGAGAGGACAGUCUCAGAGACCUUUGGGACAACAUUAAACACACCAACA